GCUCAGCCGCAUUCCUCAUCGUUUUUCUCGAAAGAGUUUCUAUCUGAGCUUAAUUAGAUCUAGGAGUACCGUUACGGUAGUGGAAGACUAGCUCAGUACCUUACAUAGGGAACUAGUAGUUUUGAUCAGGAAUAGGGAACUUCUAAUCACCUAUUAUCAAGCGUUGAAAUCAAGUAAAAAUAAAACUUGCUCCACGUGAGCGAUAUAUGCUAUUAACGCCCACCCAAUGGCAAAUGAGCUACACGUUUAUGUGUUUUAGAAGAGAGGAAAAAAAGAAACCGUAGCAAAAAGCAAGGCGUAAACAGUACGAUGAAGGUCAUAGCUACCUACGGAUACGUAAAAACCGUCAUGUCUAUGCGCCAUGUGUACGUGACCAGUCAUCACAAGACCAUAAGUUAAAACGUCAAACAAACAAGUCGCGUUAUCGGGCAGAAUAUUUGUGCGCAAUGUUAAUCGUUAUCCCUGCUAGCCCCAGUGUAAACCCUGUUACAGGCUGUAUCCAUCUUUGAACCCCGCGAGCCUUUUAGUGAUGGUUAAAAAGUAUUAGGAAGAUGCGCGAGAUCCAAAUCCUUUUGCUGGGUGUCUUGGUGGCUCUGAUUGGCAACAAGGAAUGUUUCAUUUUGGCGAGCACCAGCUGGUACUGGAAUGGUUGGAGCCCCUGUAGCGCUCCGUGUGGAAACUCGGGCACGCAGACGCGCACAGCGACGUCAUUUAUCGGAGCCGCGGUCCCAGGGCCACAAACUCGGCCGUGUAAUCGGUUCUGUUAUAAUGGAGGAACACCCUUGGCUAGGUCUUGCUCGUGUCCACUCGGAUAGACAGGAACCUGCUGUGGACGUAAGUUUCAGUAAUCCUUAUCAUGGAGCCAGCAGGCGUUAUGUUCUCUAACUUUAUGAUCCUUUUGCAGAAUUGUGCAGUUUAACUAAAAGCUAAGUUGACUUCGUUGAUAGCAGUUGUACUCUCCCCCAGAGUCCUGUACCUGACAUUGGAACGGUUGGAGCGCCUGCAGCGCCCUCUGUGGGAACUCAGGCACGCAGACGCGCACAGCUAGCGGUUCUGGAGCCCCGGGCCCGCAAACUCAGGCCUGUAACCGGUUCUGUUACAAUGGAGGGACGCCCCAGGCCUCCUCGUGUUGGUGUCCACUCGACUUCUGGGGCACUUGCUGUGAAAUCCCUGUGGUGUACGGGGACCCAUGUACCGACUACGAGGCAGUGGACGAACCCACCAGGAGCACCAGUUUCAUGAUGAGUGCCGGAAAUGUCCGCUGUGACAGCGGCCUGAGGACCCAGUGGUACCGCUUCGUCAGUCCGGCCGGAGGAGAGAUUCCAACAAACUGCUCUCUACUCGAACCAACCAGCUGUUCAACCAUCGGGCCUGUUUGGAUGAAAGGCACCCUUCCAUCUCCAUCUGACGGGGAGGUAAUAAGGCAGGCCUGCCGGAUCGGAGUCGGGGUGUGUGAGGGAAACUGCUGGGACAUCAAAGUGAAAAGCUGCGUCCGUGAUGGCCAAUCCUACUAUGUCUACCUGCUACCCCCGACACCGGGCUGUCCGGAGGCGUACUGUGCAGGGACCGAAGUGCCUUGCCCAGCUGGACAGAGUUCAGAAAACUACGGUUUCACCCCAGGAUGUACAGAAAACUUCCCCAACAUAACAACCAACCCACAGCUAACUAACAGCACUAUGGGUCAGCCGCUUGAAGUUGUGCUGCUGUGCGACUUCGACCGUCCCCCAUGGGACAACCUGACCAUAGAAGUCAACUGGGUUGCCGGCAAUGAGAUUUUCCACCAGACCAGUUUGCAUAACGGAGAGCAACAGGCCGUACUGCGUCAGACAGAGCUGAGGAAGGGAAUGGGGAAAGAAAUCACGUGCCGAGUCCGUGGGAGGUUUAAGGGUGGAGGAGCUCCUGGGGAGAUAGAAGUCAGCAACGAGUUCUUCGCCGGAAUUAAGGUACUGACCGAGAUCGUUGAAGUGGAGGAAAACGGCGAUGAAAAGUACAUCCAGCUCCAACCUACCCUGCCUCUACUCUGCCGCUUCUCAUUUAUCCCUUGUGAAAUAUCCGUGCAAAUUGAGUUCAAAGAUGUCGACUACGCAGCCGACCGCCAGUGCCAAGGUAACUCAGUACCCGAUCUGCUGUCGAGCCAGAACUGUGUCAGGGUCUUCACGCCGGCCGAGUGGAACGGGAUCCUUGAGUUCCCGGUGAAGGCAACCCGCGACCUCCAGAUAGACGGUACAACUAACGGUCUGCGGUACAUGAAGAUCGGGUUUCGCCCUAUGUCAUCCCCGAUCUCGCCACUGUGGGAUGGCUACCAGGUGGAGGAUGUUGACGUACUUACCAACGAUAAAGACAUCGAAGGAACUGUCUGCUCAUCGACAGGAGAUCCACAUUACAGGUCAUUCGACGGAAAGAUAUUCCACGUGUACCAGCCGGGUACUUUUGUGCUUUACAGGCAUCAAACUCUUCCCAUCGAGGUGCAGACCCGGAUGAAGAUGUGCAAUCGCGGAAACGUGGCCUGUAACUGCGGUGUGAGUGUCAGGUCCGGAGAUGAAGUGUUUAUCCUGAACAGGUGCAGCGGAAGCAGAAACACGUUCCAGUGGCACACAGGUGGUGUGAUUCGACACGAGCUCCCAUUGGCUAUGCGGGUUGACCAUCACGGGCCUGUCGGAGAUGACACGCGCUUCUUCAUUCAAGAUGGAGGAGAUAAAUAUUUGGUUUAUUUCCCAACUGGGUCAUGGAUGAAGCUUACAGUGAGUGGUCAUCAGAAACAGUAUAUGAACAUCUACAUCUACCCUUCUACUGACGACUUCAUCAACAAAACUGUUGGGCUCUGCGGCACAUUUGACGGCGACAAGGAAAACGACGGGCUCCAUUCGAGCACAACAGCGACAGACGUCGUAGGUGAUGGAGCUAUUAUUACCAACACGAACUUCGUGAACAGCUGGAAGCUUCCAGAGGGUCAAACCCUAGUUGAAGGAGUACUUCCUCCCGCGCCUCUUCCUCUGGAUGAACGUCUCUACUGCACGUGUAAGGAUGACCCUGCCCUUGGACAAACAGUCGUCUGUGACUCCACUCUUGCCUACAACUGCCGUUGGGAGGCUGAAAGGAGUCGGGCUGGAGUUCGACCUGUUGCUGAGCAGCAGCACGCGCGCAAGCGGCGGAGCACCAGUUACAACGACGAGGUGUACGACGACGACAUGUUCGCAUUUGACUAUGACGAUUCGCCAACUACAGUUCCCCCGCCUUCCUGGCCAGCACCAAACGGCAUGACCGAAGCCGAGACCAGAGCGUACUGUGAGGACGCCCUGCUGAACUCACCAGCGGGGGGAGUGUGUUCAGCCGCAAUGGCAGAUUCUGGUUCUUCAGACAUAGAGGGAGCAGUGGAGGGGUGUGUGGCGGAUAUCCAGGCAACAGGAGACACUUCCUGGGCAGAAGUCGCCGUCACCACAAUGGAGGAAAGCUGUUCAGACAUCCUCUACAAAAACACGACCUUCUGGACCAACAACAACAAUGAGACGAGCAACGGCACGACCAAUGGUACUCUCGCAGCCCCGUCCUUUUUCUUUGAAACUGUGUCAUGCCCAAGCAAUUGUAGCCAGCGAGGCGUCUGUGAGAAGGGCAAGUGUGUUUGUGAGAAGGGGUUUGAGGGUCCGUCUUGCUCUAUAGAGUCAGACAAACCACCAGACGCGUUCUUCAUCCCGAAGGAAGGUCUGUGUGACAUCAACACCCGGCCGUGCGAACGGACCCCCGUCAUCGGACAGAACUUCAUGGAGUCGGAAAACUUGACGUGUUCCCUUCAACCGGCAACGGUUGACCAGAACGGUGUCCAUGUUCUUGACGGAAACAUCACCGUUGAGGCGGAAUUUGAGAACUUUGCCCGUGUGGUCUGCCCCCUCCCGCGGUCCCGUGUGAGGAGGAGUGCUGCAGCCGGACACAGGACAACAGCCGAGGCGACACUCGUCUCCAUCAGUAACGACGGUGUGCGCUUCAGUCCCCCGGUCCUGCUCAUAACGUAUGACGCCGUCUGUCAAGACUGCAACGUCACCGGUUUCUGCGUUCUCAAGAACAACUCCUGUGAGAUAGACGGAACGUGCUACGCCGGUGGAGAAACACAGAUCGGCAACUGGUGCAAUCAGUGCGUCCCGUCAGUUAACGUGUCAACAUGGAGUGAUCGGCAAGACAAUACACCGCCCAUCUUUGAACCAACCAGCAUCAUUAUCGCCUUCAUCGACAACCUCCUGGACUUCACAGUCAAGGCGGAGGACCCGGAAAACCGCCCCCACCUGAGCUACUCACUGGUAGGAGCCCCACCCGAUCCAGGCCUGUCGCUGUCUAGCGAUGGUCAGCUUACGUGGACACCCGAACAAAACUCAACUCUCGUCGUCAACGUCAUGGCUGCUGACGAAUGCGGCGCGAGUUCUACACAGUCUCUGACAGUCAUGGCCCGCGACUGCCCGUGCCAAAACAACGGUUCCUGCCCUUCCUUCGCGCUGGAAAGUCCCGAUAACAUCAACUGCACCUGUAACGGUACGGGCUUCACGGGUCAGAUGUGUGACGUGGAUGUGGACGAGUGUCUGAGCAACCCGUGCGACCAUGGAGUCUGUAUCAACACCAUCGGCGGGUUCCAGUGCCACUGUGAGCAGUACUACACAGGUCCCCUGUGUGACCAGGAGACGCCAUGUUUCUCCUACCGUUGCCCUGACAACGGAACAUGCGCAGACAUCCCGGGCGCCAUCCAGUGUACCAUCUGUCCUGAGGGGUCGUCUGGGGACAGCUCACUGUGUGUGGUCAUUGCAAUCCCCUUGGACCCGUGCUCCUCCAACCCCUGCUACCCUGACGUCAUCUGUGACGUAGUUGGUGACGUGUACGCCUGCGGACCCUGUCCUGCUGGGAUGACUGGAGAUGGAGUCAGUUGUGUGGAAGAUGUUGGCUGUUCGUCCCAGCCGUGCUACCCGGAAGUGACGUGCACUGACGUACCAGGUGGACACGAGUGUGGGGACUGCCCGCAUGGCAUGAUGGGAGACGGAAAGAACUGCACUCACGACCCUGGAGUCACCGACCAACAAGGAUCCAGCUGGUACGAGCAGCCCGCGUACAUCGCGCUGCUGUCUGUGGGGGCAGUCGCCGUCGCUGCAGCUCUGAUUGGAGUCGCUGUGUGGCGCGUCAAAGCACACAAUGUUGCCAGAGGCAAGGUGGGAGAUCUGCCGCUGGAGGAGAGGAGGAAGAGCUACCCUUCGCAGGAUCUCCAUGUGGAGGAGACGUUGGACAAGGAUGAUAAACUUGAUUAGUGUAGUAUUGCAAUGUAAAACUAUUUUGUUUUCUUACUGCUUCAUUUUGGAAUCUAAAGGGCUGACGUCAAAGUUGCGUUGCCCAGUAGAGGGCAAAAAAUGGAAAUUUGGGUGUGACUUAAAAUCCUUGAAAAAUACUCCUUUUCCUUGAACAUUUUUGCCCAAUCUGGAAACUUUUUGAGUUACAAGGGACAGGUAGGGUCUAAGCUAUAUUUUUUUGGUCAAAAUUUGUUCAGUUCAGCAGUUAAGUUGGUGUACGGACAGGUUUUAGUUGUAGGGUGCUACCGGUUGUAUCAGGAGGGACCUGGUGUCAAAGGUGAGGUUUCUUUCAUAGAGCGAGCUUUCCUCGGAGAAUGAGUCGAACAACCCCCUGUUGUCUUUGAAUGGUUAUAAACUAGACUCAAGUGACUUUCUGAUGGAGAAGAAUUAUUAAGAUUGAAAUAUGGAUUAGUACUUUUGCUAAACCUUAAUUCAGUGUAUUUUAACCUGCUUUCCUAUGGACAACCCUAACUUCGAUGUCUGCCCUAAAUACCCAAUGUAACGUUAACUGCAUAACGAGCAAAAUUGUCAUUCUGAAUGACUGGUUUAUACUGACACCUCAACAUCAUUGUGUCAAGACUGAUGUUUUUAGUUAUUGUAAUUCAAAACUACAAUCUUUUCUGAGAAUUGUCUUAGAAAAAAUGAUCUUCUUGAAAGUACAACAAGAAGGACACAUCACCUGAACAGUCCUACAACUCUUGAAACAUGAACGAAACUUCCGAUUGAAGUUGUGAUUGAAGUUAAACAGGAAGAGGGCCUUUUGCUGGGAAAGAACAUUUUUACUAAUUCGUAUGGAUGGCAGAGACAACCAAUGUACUAAAUAUUUUGCUUUCUUUCGAAUUUCUUGUUCUUGUCUUGCAGUGUGUGUGUAUGUUUGCCGUGUUUUGUAAUUUGUAUCAUCCAUUAAUAAAAUAACAUAAAUCGGAGAGUC